CAUCAUACUUCUGCGACGGAAGUGCUGACGAGGGAUAGCCCAACAGCUAAACCAGUCCUAAAAUGAGCUCUUUAGCGACAUGACAGAUAUUUUGGACGUUGUAAUCUGGGUGUUUUGUUGCAGUUUUGGGGGGUAAAUAUAUUCUGAAAGUGACCUCGACUCUGUAACAAAUGUUCACUUUGUUUUCGAAGAAAUACAGAUUGUUUUUCCGGCGUCUCCAUGUCGUUUCUAGUGGACUCAGUCAUAAUGUUCACCUCUCAGGUGCUGUUCUUUGGGUUUGGAUGGUUGUUUUUCAUGCGGCAGCUGUUCAAAGAUUAUGAAGUGCGACAGUAUGUUGUCCAGGUGGUGUUCUCUGUCACGUUUGCAUUUUCCUGCACCAUGUUUGAGCUCAUUAUCUUUGAGAUUCUGGGUGCCUUAAGCAGCAGUUCCAGAUAUUUCCACUGGAAGCUGAAUCUCUAUGUGAUUCUGCUGGUUCUAAUCUUUGUUGUGCCUUUCUACAUUGGUUACUUUGUUGUGAGCAACAUACGCCUGUUGCAAAGACAAAGACUUCUUUUUGCCUGCAUGGUCUGGUUCACCUUUAUGUAUUUCUUCUGGAAAUUGGGAGAUCCAUUCCCAAUAUUGAGUCCGAAACAUGGGAUCCUGUCCAUUGAGCAGCUGAUCAGCCGCGUCGGGGUGAUUGGAGUCACCCUUAUGGCUCUGCUGUCUGGGUUUGGUGCCGUCAACUGUCCCUACACCUACAUGUCCUAUUUCCUCAGAAACGUAACAGACAGCGACAUUCUUGCUCUAGAGAGGCGGCUGCUCCAAACUAUGGACAUGAUUAUCAGCAAAAAGAAAAGAAUUGCCAUGACGCGUAGGCAGAUGUACCAAAGAGGAGAGGACCAGAACAAACAAACAGGGUUCUGGGGGAUGAUCAAGAGCGUCACCUCCACUCAAACAGGCAGCGAAAAUCUGUCUCUGAUCCAGCAGGAAGUCGAUGCUCUGGAGGAGCUGAGUCGGCAGCUCUUCCUAGAGACUGUGGACCUGCAGGCCACUAAGGAACGAAUCGAGUACUCCAAAACGUUCCAGGGAAAAUACUUCAACUUCCUUGGUUACUUCUUUUCCAUCUAUUGUGUUUGGAAAAUCUUUAUGGCCACGAUAAACAUUGUCUUUGAUCGAGUUGGAAAAACAGACCCAGUGACGAGAGGCAUUGAAAUCACAGUGAACUACUUGGGCAUCCAGUUUGAUGUCAAGUUUUGGUCUCAGCACAUUUCCUUCAUCUUGGUUGGAAUAAUAAUUGUUACUUCCAUACGAGGAUUACUCAUCACUUUAACUAAGUUCUUCUAUGCAAUCUCAAGCAGCAAGUCUUCCAAUGUCAUCGUGCUCGUUCUCGCGCAGAUCAUGGGGAUGUAUUUCGUCUCAUCGGUGCUGCUGAUGCGUAUGAGCAUGCCUCUGGAGUAUCGCUCCAUUGUGAGUGAGGUUCUGGGAGAACUGCAGUUUAACUUCUACCACCGCUGGUUUGAUGUCAUCUUCCUGGUCAGCGCCUUGUCCAGCAUCCUCUUCCUUUAUCUCGCCCACAAGCAGGCCCCGGAGAAGCACAUGACUCUCUGAACUCCCGAGGAAUCGCUCCUGGCUCACAAAUGAACUCCUGAUGCUUGGGCCAGUGUUUUUUUCAGAGAUUCGUUUACUCUUGUUUUUACACAAAACCCUGGAAGUCGUGGACUCUUGCAGUAUUUUACAGAACAACACUGCUAUAAAGAAUGCAGAUGUUCUUGAAAAACUAAAAUUGUAUUUGCUAUGCCCCUAGAUUAUAUAUUUUUGGGUUUUUCAGAAGAGGAAUAUUGCUUUUUGAGUCUCAGUACACUGGACUAUCUGUUUUACAUUCCUGUUUAACAUCAGAGUAAGAAGGAAAGGAGUGAACACUGAAUGUGAUCUGCUUUUUGGUUUAAGAGACCAGAAACUCAUGAAGUCAGGCUUAACUCAGAUGGUAUGUUUUCUUUGAUUUGUUUUAAUAAAUUUUAUUUCUGGUUUCUAAA